AAAGAGAGAGAGAGAGAGAGAGAGAGAGAGAGAGAGAGAGAGAAAUGGCUUCAUCUUUUCAUUUCUCUGCUCCCUAUCUUCACGGCGCUCGCCUGAGCCAUGACCGGCGCGCUCGCGGCGCAAUUCAGUGCUCAAGCGAACGCCAGGCCCUGUUCGGUCGUAUUGCUCCGGUCUACGAUAACUUAAAUGACUUGUUGAGCUUGGGUCAGCAUCGAAUUUGGAAGCGCAUGGCCGUGUCGUGGAGCGGAGCGAAAAUGGGAGAUUGUGUGUUGGAUUUGUGCUGUGGGAGUGGCGAUUUGGCGUUCCUCCUGUCUGAGAAAGUUGGUCCCCAUGGCAGGGUCACUGGUCUUGAUUUCUCCAGGGAGCAGUUGUCUGUUGCUUCAUCCCGGCAACAUUUGCGGGCGAAGGCUUGCUAUAAGAACAUAGAGUGGGUGGAAGGCAAUGCCCUUGAAUUGCCAUUUCCUGGGAGUUACUUUGAUGCAAUCACAAUUGGUUAUGGGCUAAGGAAUGUGGUGGAUAAACCCAAAGCCAUGCGAGAGAUGUAUCGAGUUGUGAAACCAGGGUGUAGAAUAUGUGUUCUUGACUUCAAUAAAAGUACUCACCCAUUAACAACCUCAUUUCAGGAAUGGAUGAUCGACAACGUUGUUGUCCCUGUGGCAACUGGCUAUGAGCUGGGAAAGGAAUAUGAGUACUUGAAGAGCUCGAUUAAUGAAUUUUUGACAGGUAAGGAGUUGGAGAAACUUGCUUUAGAAUCUGGAUUUUCUAAUGGCAAGCACUAUGAAAUCAGCGGAGGCCUCAUGGGGAUCUUGGUUGCAACUCGUUAGAGCGAGCGAUAUGUACUGUCUAAUGUCCAUUGGAAAGCUCCUGACAAUUUUACCCAAAAAGCUUUUCACGUGGCUUUUUGUUUUUUCGUAUGGUGAUGUUAUAAAAUUUGAAUCUAUUCUUCAACCUCCAAAAGUUUGCUAUUGUUUUUUCAUUAAUGUAAUUUCUGCAGUAAA